CUUAUGCUGUCGACAUUCCUAUAAGAAAGCACGUCCUCUGCUUUCUCACCGACGAGGGGACGAUGAAAAUAUCGCUAUUCUUUCUAUUCCUGGAAGGUUUUUUCUUUGCUUUGCCAAUCUCCGCCUUCUUCAUUUAGCAGUUGAAUCCUCUGAUACAACCUGUCCAACGUAAGGAAAAUGGUGAAGGUUCUUUGUUUUUUAAAGUUAGAUUUGGUGUCCUUUUCAGAGGGCCAUGUUAUUAUGUGAAUUUUGAACUUUUGUGCUUUAUGGUUGGGGAUUUUGUUAAUCAACUGUAGAAGGUUGCAACCGUAAGCAUUACACUGAAAAUUGAUUAUGUCGAUUCAUUUCAAAAAUGGAGAUGGCAAAGCUUGCAGGCCUGCACUGUAUCUAUGUCAUUGGCAUUUUAUCCCUCCAGCUGAUCAAGUUCUCUUUUCAGUCUGGCCGCUGUAGAAGAAUUAUAUCAUUGUUGCACCUCCGAGUGGGUGUGGGACCAUAAUGUGUGGUUGAUUACCUUCUUCCCAUUGAGUUCAAAGUCAUCCAGUGUUUGGAGACUCUGCCGUGUUUUUGAGGGAUGCUCGCUUGAUUAUGGUUAAUGUGAAUCUGGUUAUUCGUUAUCAAUUUUCAAGAAAAUAAACAAACUGACUUGCUUGAAGUUUUUUCCUUUUAUUUAAUUAUGAUGGUUAGGUUCUCCUGCUUCUCCACUCCUGUCAACAGAUCAAAGAAAGUAGUUCAACACUCUGUCGAGAAUCUGCUUGCGGAUUGUAGAUGUGUUACUGAGGAUCAAUCAAUAAAGCUUUCUACAGGAUCUAUCGAAUCAAAUCCAAUGUUUGACAGUACUUCGUGCUGUAAUACUGCAGACCAAAAUAUAUCUCCAUGUUUUAAGAAGGAUUGCUGGCAAGCAGAAGAUCUCAAUGCUAAGCAUACCGAGGAUAACGAUGUAGUAAACCGGACUGUACAAAUUAAAAAGAGUUAUUCGCUUGGGAACAUGAUGGAGAAAACUAGUGGUUUCUCUGGUGAUGAUGUCAUGGGGGGUGUUGAUGUUGAUCAUGACUUCUCUCCUGAAUACUUGAAUGAUUGGAAUAUGAAGGAGGUUAGGGAGUCCUUUGGUAAUACUGAUUCAUUUGAGUUUAUUCGCCAUGAAAAUGAUGUAAACAAUAAUCAUGAUAAGCAAAAAGAAUAUGAUUUGCUUAAUGGUUCCAUACGUAAUGAAUCUCUGUUCUCUGUUGAAAUAUUAAAGCAUUCUGAUAAAGAUCAGCAUGCUGAUAUUGCGGCGCAGACUGCUGAUCAUAUUGUCAUCUCUGGAUGCUCAUCCAAACAACUUUGUACUUUACUAAGAUCAUGUUCUGUGACCAACCUCAAGGUUAAUGUAGCUGAAUCCAGUGAAGAUUCGUUAGGCCAUAGACUUGCAUUUUACAGGUCUCGUUCCUUUUCAGGUCUGAAUAAUUUGAGCAGAUUAGGAGCUGACUUUCAAAAUUUGGGAAGAUCUUUUGAUUCCAGCAUCCACAUUGAGAAAAGUAUUCUUGUUUCUCCUUAUGUGAAGCCAACUUCUGAUGGUGGCACAAAAUCACAAUGUUCUUUUCAUGCAAAUGAGGAGGAACUCAGUUUGGUUAGAAGUGACAUGGUUCGCAAUCAUUAUAGUAAUGAUGAAUUAAGAAAAUUAGAAGCAAAAGAUGCCGAGAUCAAGCAAAGCAGCGAUGUGGAAACUUCUUAUUACGAUUGGGAUCAAUUGACCCUAGAGGAAUUCAGCAUGAAGAGAGUCGAACAUUGGAUAAGUCAGAUAGAUAUCCGUGGUGAUUUCACUGUUGAAGAAACAGGAGAGGCCUCCGCUAGUGAUUCCAAGGAGAAUCCAGAAAUUAGAUUGGAUCCUCGGAAACCUGAUGCUAAAAGUUUCCAAGCCAUGGAGGUACCUCACAAUUGUAUGUCCUCCUUGUCUUCCACAUCUUCUUCUGCACACAUGGCAAAUCUUGGGUUGGUGACAGUCCCAACUUUAACUCCAUUUGUCAGUUUGAGAUGUCUUAACUUAUCAGGAAAUUCUAUUGUUCGGGUAGCUCCAGGAUCUCUUCCAAAAGGUCUCCACAUGUUGAACUUGUCAAAGAACAACAUAUCCUCCAUUGAAGGACUCCGUGAUCUAUCACACCUUCGUGUAUUGGACCUUAGCUAUAACCGAAUAGCUAAAAUCGGCCAUGGUUUGUCUUCCUGUACCUCCCUUAAGGAGCUAUAUAUAGCCGGUAAUAAGAUCAGCGAGAUUGAAGGCCUUCACCGCCUCGCCAAACUGAGCAUCAUUGACUUGCGGUUCAAUAAAAUCUCUACUGCUAAGGGCCUUGGUCAGCUAGCUGCUAAUUACAGCUCCAUAAAAGUAAUAAAUAUUGAAGGAAAUCCAGCUCUGAUAAACGUUGGAGAUGAACAGCUAAAGAAGUUCCUUCUUGGUCUUCUUCCUAAUCUUGUUUGCUACAAUAAGCAGACCAUUAGAAAGGGGUCAAAAGAAGUAUCAGGCCGUAGCAACUUUGCUGCUGCUUCUUCUCACUUUGAUAGAGUUAUCAGAGCUGAGCACAAACUUCCGAAGAAGGCAUCCAUCGGUUCAGGUCCACACAAGUUGGCAGCAAGCCAUGGAAGGCAGAGUUCUGCUGAGGGGAUGCUGAUGAAGUUGACCAAGGACCGGCUGCCUCCUGCUGCAUCUAAACUAAAUAAUCGGGGUUCGGGCAAGAAGCUACUCAGUGAAGCCAUGAGGCGAAGCCAAAGCACCGAUGCACUGCGGAGCUAUUUCAAAUCAUAAUUACAAGAUCUGUUCCAUGAAAAUAAUGAACUGCCAGUUCGCCAUUUAAAGCAACUAUCCUGCAAUUUUUAGUUAUUUCGGAGUUUGUUACAGAUUGCUAUUGCGCAGGAAUGUGCUGAUGCAGCACAUAAAGCAAAUUGCUGGAGCUUAUUUGUAUUUUUAUUCCUUUUGUAGUAUGUUUACCCUUUAAAUGUAGGAGUUGUGCGCAAGUUUCUUUUGUUAGAAUUGGAUCAUCAAUUCCCUUUCAGAAUGGAUAUCAAUUUUGAACUUGAGCAGGAGUAAAACGUGUAAGGCAGUGUUUGGCUU